CAAGCCUUUCUCCUCUUCCUUUGCCCGGACGACCAUGUGCUACGCCUGCAAGCCGACCAUGCUACAGUUCAGCAUGCCCCCAACCUCCGCCAGGGCCGCGCCUAGCGAGCCCCAAUACUUCACUUUUGAUCCUCUCCCGGACAACGAGAAGAGUCCAGCCCACCGGGGUUACACCAAGACCAACAAGUCCAAGAGACGUUCGCGGAAAGUCCUCUACCCUCCAGUGGUGAAGCGUUAUUAUCCCACGGAGGAGCGCAGCUAUGCCAAGACCUUCCUCUUCAUCCUCCUCGCCGUUGUCUUCUUCCAAAUCUAUAAUGCGGAAGAGGACCUCCUCCUUGCUGGAGCCACCCUGGAGGACAACACAUCCAGCUGCUUUCUGCAGGGCGGGGAGUCUCAGGCCCCUUCGGCACAGCCCAUCAUUGCAGAGCAACCCGUUGUAUCAACUCCCUCCUUGGAAAUCGCCAAUGUUUCUGAGUGGUCCUGGGGGGAGGACAGAUCUUCGGAAUCUACUCUCGACAUCACCCAUUUUUUGCAGCAGAAUCCAGCUGCUUUCUGAAGAGGGAAGAACCCUCCCUCCCUUCCUGCUGGAGGCGGGAAAUGGACCGAGAGUCUAUAAAGUGGGAAGCCAGGCGGCGGGGCUGCCAUGCUCGCGGGCCUUUAGCAAAAGUCUCUUUGUAAAGCAGAAGUAAAGAUGCAGAAAGGGACAAGGAGGCCUGGAGCUCAGCCUUGCGCAUUCCUGACACAAGACUGACGUUGUAAGAAACUUGAACUCGACUGACACCGCAUUAUGCAAACAGGAAGGGGGACAUUCCUUGUUGGUGCAAUUGAAGGAGGUGGGGGAAAGGGGAUAUUUAAUAUUUAUUAAUAAUAAUUAUAAUAAUAAUUAAUAUCUAUGUAAUGUAAGCUGACUUUUAUUUAUGUGUGAAACUGGAAAAUAGGAUAGGGAACUGCUGCUGUUGGGCUGCACUAGGCCUUUGGAAAGAACUCUUAGAAUGUUUUUAUAUUUCUCUAGCAUUAUAUUUUCUCUAGAAUUAACAGCGAUGGUUUUGUGGGUCAUGAAUCUGAUAGGAAGAAGGCUAGAUUUUGGAAACUGAGAAUCUUUUUAGCAUUUGUACUUUGGUGAAGGAGCAACGUUUUAGUGAAGAUUGAAUGUUGAUCAGAAUUUUGCAAAUGGUGUUGUGAUGCUCCAAUACUGUACCUUUUAAUGGGAGGAAACGUCUUGUGACUAGGGGGGGUGGGGAAAAUAGAAAAACUGACAAAAAAAAAGUUGUCAUUGAAGCUAACGGACAAGACUUCUCAGCUUCAUAAUAACUGGCACAAUAAAAGUUAAAGAUGCUUCUUUUUAUUUAUUGUAAAAACAUCUGAUUUUUGUUGUUGUUCCUGCAUUGUAUGUUAGCCAGAAUACUUUUUUGUUAGUGUUUGCUGUGUAACAAUAAGUGGCUUUUGAAGGCUGAUGCAGCCAUACUAGCAUUUCCAAAACUUUAGUAAGUCACUUUUGUGAAUUGCACUUUACAUGUUAACACUAUUCCAGAUGAACUGGCUCAAUUGUGUAUGUUCU